AUGGUGGAGCAUGAUGAUGAUAUUGGUUUUUCUAGGUCGAAUGAGGUGUCAAUGAGUCUAGAAGACGAAGAAGCAGGAGCAGAAGAUCAAGAGAGACAUGUUAAAAGACGACGAAUAACUGGCCAAUUAGGAUGCGAACAAAGAGAGAUGAAGCUUCAGAUUUCAUGUCUUCCAACUGAUGUUCUGUAUUGUGUUCUUGAUAAGUUGUUGGAGCUCGUCGAUUAUGUUCGUUUCGCGGCUGUUUGUAAGGAACUGCAGCAAGUUGCAAAACUCUACAAUUGCACUAAGCAACGUUGGGUGAGUAAGCCUAAGCUACUUCCCAUGCUCAUGCUUGCCCCUAAUGAAUCCGAUAAUGAUACAAAGCAAAGACUACUGUAUAGCGUUUCAGAAAGAAAAAUCUACAACAACAUCAACAUUCGUUUAUCGAUGCCUUACAAUGAGAACCUUUGUGGCUCUAGCCAAGGUUGGUUGGCCUCGGCACUCCAAUCAACCGGGGAAUGGCCUGAAAAUAGAAGAUUCAAGCUCGUUCAUGAAAUAACUCUGCGAAACCCUUUCGGAAAAGCAUCAGAGGUGAUUCAUCUUCCUCCCUAUAUGCAUUGCAUCCCAGAAAUGUUCGAGCAUGUUAAAGAAUGGAUCCCCAGAGUUAUCUUGUCUGCUAACCCAGCUUUGCAUCCGGAAAACUAUUACGUGCUAUUUGCAUUAUAUAGACCAUUGCCGCACCGCAUACCAUUGCCAAACGGCGUAGUACGACGACAUAUGAAUGUUCAUGAUCCAACGUUAGCGCUAUUGACGCACCGCAUACCAAACGGCGUAGUACGACGAAUUAUAAAUGUUUAUAAUCCAACGUUAGCGCUAUUUAAAGGAGGACAAGAAUCUUGGAUCACGAUCGACCGACUAGAUCAACAUUUCCUUAAGUUUGAUGAUGCUAUAUUUUAUAGAAACAAAAUCUGCUUGCUUCUUGAAAGCAGAAAUAAGUUGGUAGGCUCCGGGAUGCUAACCUUGGAUGUUGAUAGCAUUAACCUUACACAGCCGAAGAUACAGUAUAGUGGUUUUAAACCAGAACCUGCUUGGAAUAUUUUCCAUGCACGUUGUUGGGAGCAAUAUCUCGUGGAGUCAACAAACGGAGACCUAUUGCUCGUUCAAAGAUUUUAUGAGUUUGAAGAAACCUCCUUUGGCGUUUGCAAGAUCGUGUUCAACGAGGAAGACAAAUCCCCCUUUCAGCUGGUUGAGGUAAAAUGCAUUGGGGAUGAUGCAAUAUUCUUAGGUCAGAGCCAAUCCCAGUCUGUUUUAGCUUUAAGUAUUCCUGGCUGCAAGCCGAACUGCAUAUACUAUGCUACAGAAAGUGUUAGACGGGAUGAGUAUCCGAAAGAUUAUAGUGAUAUCUUAAAAAGCGAGAUGGGUAUUUUCAAUUUAGGGGACAAGUCCAGAACUACACUAAUCGCCUCUGAUUCUAUAAGUAACUGGAAUUGGAACGAGAUGAAUAUGCCGUUUUGGGUCCUGCCAUCAUUGGGUCGUAGUUCAUAG